CAGAAACAGAGCUCCAUGGACGAGUCAUGGCGCAUACUGAUGGGAAUUCCGACGUUCCCACGUCGGAAAUCCACGGAGACCAACACUCCAAUGGGUCACAUGAAGGCCCCUCUCUUUUUUGGCUGUUGCGCCACCGAGACUCUGGACGCUGAUGACUUCUCCGACGUCUUUGGUGGACCGCCAAGGAUUAGGGGCAUUUUGAACCGGAAUUUCUCUGGCGACUUCAUGCGGUCACCCUCGUUUUAUGAGGAGGUUUUCAGCCUACCGGAUUUUACAACUCGCGCCUUGAAGAUCGGCAAGAGCUUGCCCUCCUUCAGGAUUCCGGCCAGGAACGAGGGGUUCUAUAGUGACAUUUUUGGGUCGUAUAACUAUGUCAGUAGAUCGCGAGAUCGGUCACGGUCCAACUCGAAGACGAAGUCAAACUCAAAUUCUUCGUCAGCGCUGAGUUCGGAGGAGCUGAGCCCUCUCCGACCACCUGCCGGAGCUGAUGUGGCGCUCUCAUCCUUUGCUUCAAAGCUCAGGCCAAUUAAUGUUCCCUGCAGAUGGAACUCUAAUGAACAACAGAGGAAAGAGGGGACUAUGCCGGCCUUCCCCUGCAACCAGUUCAUGGAAAACGAAUACGAACCCAAUUUCAGAGCUUCCUACCAUGAAUUCACUCGACGUACCUGCUCACCGGAAACCAUUAGCUUAGAACGCAAUUCCUUCCAAAGCAUCAAAGUAUCUACGGAUGAUUUUGUAGUGCUCAAUUCCCCUCCAUUCCCUACUUCCCCUGCUUCCUCUGCCUCUUCACUCUGUCAAGAAUCAGAGGCCAGAUCUAGUGUUCUGAUGCAAGAUCAGGAUACUGAGCUAGAGGAUGAUGAAGAUAUGAGUUCUUAUGUGAUCGAGAUCAAGUCUGAAUACAGGGAAGUAACCAGUGAAGCUGUUUCUAUUGAUGAAGCAAUUGCAUGGGCUAAAGAGAAGUCUCAGACACAAUUUUCUCCUAGACGACAUGAAGAAGAACACUCUGGUCAAGCAGGAAAAACAAGUGGUAACGGACAUCAGUUUCUGGACCAAACUCAUGGAAAUGGGACAAAGAAAUCUCCAUUCAUGGAAGGAGAACAGAAGUGGAAAUCAGAAGAAAAGGAGCUGUCAAAGGAACAGAUGGAAAUGGAGCUAAUGGAUGAAGAUAUAAAGCGAUGGUCAUCUGGAAAAGAAAACAACAUCAGAUUGCUCCUUUCAACAAUGCAUAAUAUUCUAUGGCCUAACAGCGGAUGGCAUGUGGUCCCCUUAACGAGCCUAGCAGAUGGCUUGCAAGUGAAGAAAGCUUAUCAGAAAGCAAGACUUUGUCUUCACCCAGAUAAACUGCAGCAGAGAGGAGCGACAUUAUCGCAGAAAUAUGUUGCAGAGAAGGUUUUUUCCGUUCUCCAGGAUGCAUGGGCUGCAUUUGUCUCCCAAGAUGUGUUCUUCAGCUAGGUCAAAAAUGCAGCACAGUUUGAGAAAAAAAUUAUUGUAUCUGAGAAAUUUUUAUAUUCCUCUGCUAUUCCUAGAGAAAGUAGCAAGAAUUGCUAUUUUGAGCUGUGUAAAAAUAUGGUUUUAUUUUAACAAAUAAAAUUUCAUGGUUUGU